AACUCUCUUGAAGCUACUUUCCAUUUUAGUAUUGGUGCGUUAUUCCAUUAAAGCCUUCAAACACAAGCACUGUGUACGCAAACGUUCGGAAGUGUGUUACCUCUAAGAAACAAAAGGAAGCUCUGAAGGGAUUCCAAGUCUGCAAUUUGAAGUCAUGGAAGGCAAUGAUGGAAAUAAAGAGCAGAUUGUUGAUGUUCGGUCGGUGGUUGAAGCUGUUUCUGUAGAAGAUGGAGACGUCCCUGUGUACCAGGUUGAAAGCCUGUGCAUGCGCUGCGGUGAAAAUGGGACGACAAGAUUUUUACUGACUUUAAUUCCGCACUUCAGAAAGAUUUUGCUGUCAGCUUUUGAAUGUCCUCAUUGUGGUGAGAGGAACAAUGAAGUACAGUUUGCAGGAGAAAUCCAACCACGUGGUUGCUGCUACAGUUUGGAGAUCCCACCAGGCAAUCCGAAGAUGCUAGAUCGACAAGUGGUAAAAUCAGAAUCUGCUACUAUUAAGAUACCAGAGUUGGAUUUUGAGAUACCUCCUGAGGCUCAACGUGGAACUCUUUCAACGGUGGAAGGUAUACUAGUACGAGCUGCUGAUGAACUUCAGGCCCUUCAAGAUGAGCGCAAAAAAGUUGACCCACAGACGGCUGAAGCAAUUGACCAGUUCUUGAUGAAAUUGAGAGCUUGCACGGCUGGAGAGCUUUCAUUCACAUUUAUUCUUGAUGACCCUGCUGGAAACAGCUUCAUUGAAAAUCCGUGUGCUCCAUCAUCUGAUCCAUCAUUGAGUAUCAAAUUCUAUGAGCGUACUCCUGAGCAGCAAGCAUCAUUAGGAUAUCUUGUUGACUCAUCACAAAUUGGAGCGGGUCAUGCAGCAGUGGAAGAAGCUGGGGUUGCUGAUCAAGGGAGGAGAGAACCACAUGGGUCAAUAGGGGCAGCUGCUGGUCAUCGAGCCAUUGCACAGAGUAAUAGUGCUGAAAUUGCAGAAGCCUUAUUUAGAUAUACUGCCCCAGAAGAGGUGAUGACUUUCCCAUCAACUUGUGGUGCUUGUGCUACUAGGUGCGAGACUCGAAUGUUCGUCACUAAAAUUCCAUAUUUCCAGGAAGUUAUUGUUAUGGCAUCCACCUGUGAUGCUUGUGGUUACCGCAACUCCGAGUUGAAACCUGGUGGACGGAUUCCUGAAAAAGGAAAGAAGAUUACUCUUACCGUGAAAAAUGUUAAAGAUUUAAGCCGUGAUGUGAUAAAGUCUGAUACUGCUAGUGUAAAAGUUCCUGAACUCGACUUGGAGCUAGCAAGUGGCACUCUAGGAGGAAUUGUUACGACUGUUGAAGGUCUAAUCACAAAAAUUAGUGAAAGCCUUGAGAGGGUGCAUGGAUUUACUUUUGGAGACAGUCUUGACGAAAAUAGAAGGAGCAAAUGGCUAGACUUCAGAGCAAGGCUAAAAAAGCUUCUUAGCUUGGAAGAACCGUGGACCUUAAUUCUUGAUGAUGCAUUAUCCAAUUCGUUCAUAGCGCCAGCCACUGAUGAUCUAAAAGACGACAACCAAUUGACAUUUGAGGAAUACGAGAGGUCGUGGGAGCAAAAUGAAGCAUUGGGUCUGAAUGAUAUUGACACCUCUUCUGCUGAUGGAGCUUAUGAAGCAGGAAAUGAUGCCAAAACUGAGUGACCACAUUUUGUUUUACACUGCUUUCUGGGGGGAAUGGAAGAAUGUUUGUGAUGGUGAGAGAGAAAAGGAAAAAUGUGCGUUUGUGUUGGAUAACAAUCUGUAUUUUUAUUUAUUUAUUUAUCCUUAAUACCUCUUGUUGUAAUGGCUUUUUGUUGUUAAUUUGCAUGCAACUUCUAUAAUCCCUAUGGUAUGGUUUUGGCAUGAAGACGCAGUCUUUUCCUUGUGA